CAUUUUGAACGGUUUGUUACAAUGGCGCGCGGAUGUGAGCUGUAUGCUCUCGAACAACCACACUCUCUGCUCAUCCUCUUCCUUCUUUGUUUUCUUGCUCCUUAAGCAUCGCCACUAUAUAAUUAUCACCAACAUGAUCCAACUUUCCACCAUUACCGAUCUCCAUCCGUUUGGAUUUGGAACCUUUUCUUCUCGCUAGGCCCUAAAGGUGAAAGGUUCUUUAAGAUCUAUUUGGCCGAUUCUUGGAAAUUAGCUUACAUGAAAAGGAGGAGGACGAUGUUGCCUGGUUUACCUGAAAAUGGAAGAGCUGAUUAUGAGGAGGCCUUGAAUGAUUUUCUCUACCCACAAAUGGUAAAUGAUGCAAUCCAAGCGGAAAAGGCAUUCAUCGUCUCUUCCCCUGGCAUGCCUCCUUCAGCCUUUUUGGAGGAGGUAGUAGAAUCAGUUCAUGAGAAUGACAUAUGCUGUGUUACUCCUCUCCAACGCUUGAUCAAAAUGGUAAACGAAAUGUCACCAAAAGCGUUAAGUGCUUCUGUCAGUGACAUAGAUUCUCUUGUCUGUAUGACUGAUAGAGUAUCUUCAUCGGCACCUCUUAACAACUCCAAAGCUGCAGUUGGCGCGUAUUUGGUGGGUGCAGAUUCAUCUCCUCUGAGAAGAAAAUGUUCAAGAUUUGGAGGCACUAUUGGCUCAAGGAGAACAAGACACUACAGAAGUUUGAUGGAUUGUGAAGGUUUUGACUUGAAUUCAAGUACAAUUGAGACUCCUGAUCAUUCGCAUUGGCAUGGGUUUUCAUUGCCGGAGAAGCAAUCUUUAUUUGAGGAAAUUAGGAGGAUAAAUGAGCAGCUGAUUGAUACAGUGGUAUCUAUUUGUGACAAAGAUACGAUAACAAUUGACAGAAGUGAAGGGAUCAUAGUUAAAUGUUCUUUUGUUGCUAUGUGCGCCCAUUCAAAUUUAAACUCACACCAAACUUCAGCUCCUCAGUUAGUGUAUCCCUUAAAGUUGCUGGUUCCCAAAGGCUAUCCGCACAUUUCUCCAAUAUUCAAUAAAUUCCAUUAUGAAGCUUGUCCAACAGGUUGUGAAGACCUUUCGUUGCAGGCAAGGGAAAAGUUCAACAUGUCUGUUCGAAGCCUUGCACAUCCAUUCUCUAUUAGUCAAGUGGCCAGGAUAUGGGACGUGUGUGCUCGAGAUGUAGUUUCCGAGUACGCUCGACGAAAUGGCGGUGGCAGUUUUAGUUCAAAGUAUGGCUCAUGGGAGGACUGUCUUCAUGCUGCUUGGUCAUAA